GAAGGAUAAGGAGGCUGUGAGCCACGGUGUUCGAGCCCCUGACUGUCCUCAGGAGGAGCGAGCCUGGGGCUGGACGGCUUGGCCUCCUGCCGGUGGGGCAGCCUGUGAGGAACGCAGAGGCUCCCAGUUACGGGCGCCUCCCCUUAGCUGCCCUCCGUCCUGCCUGCGGCGCCACCUCUCGCGCGGGGCGCGAGCCAGGCCGCAAGCCAGGCCGAGCCGCUGCUCCUGCCUUCCAGCGUGCUUUUUGCAUCGUUUGACAUUUCGGUUCAGUUAAACUUGGCACCUCUACGAAGAAGGACCUGUUUGGUUUUGUUGCUAGGUUUUUUUUUUUUUUUAUUCGUUUCCAACAUGGCAGCCUCCAGCCGCGCACAAGUUUUAGAUCUGUACCGGGCGAUGAUGAGAGAGAGCAAGCAUUUCAGCGCCUACAAUUACAGAAUGUAUGCUGUCAGGAGAAUAAGAGAUGCCUUCCGAGAAAAUAAGAAUGUAAAAGACCCCGUAGAAAUUCAAGCCCUGGUGAAUAAAGCCAAAAGAGACCUUGAAAUAAUCCGCAGACAGGUCCUUAUUGGCCAACUGUACUCAACUGACAAGCUUAUCAUUGAGAAUCAGGAGAAGCCAAGGACAUAGGAACCCAGCGCUAGAAACAGCCUCUGCAGAACUGACCACCGUCAGCACCCAUUCUAUAUGGCGGAACCUCCCAGUACUGGGUGAAAUCGCCCCUUGCUCUGCCUGCCUUGUAGGAGCCGAUAAACUGAGUCACAUUUGCUUUCUGUCAGAGCUGUCCUGUGAAGAAAUGGCUGUGCAUCCUCAGUUUCUGUGUUAGAAUGAAGAGCUGGAGGUCCCUCAGAAUGAUGCCAUGUGUUACCAUGUCUCCUCGCCACCUCACCCACAUUUGUAUAGAGCUUUUGCAGACUUUGUGUCUUAGUCCUUAGCAGUAAACGUAAUUAUCUCUCUAUCCUUUUGUACCAAAUAAACCCAUUACAAUGAA